AUGGAAGCUCUCGAGAUUGAACACCUAUGCGGUCAACUAUACGGUGGUGGAGUUACUGGUGAUCAAUUACGUUCAGUAUCUCAACGUCUUGAAACCUUUGUUAGUCAAGCGAAUUGUCUAUCGCAAUGUCGAAUAUUACUUGAUCGUGCAUUAACUCCUUAUACACAAUUUUUCGGUGCUACAACAUUAAUAAAAUAUUUUAAUCGCACAUCAAAUCAACCUGCAGUUUCAUUUACGGAACGAUUUGAACUACGAAAAUAUAUUCUUGAAUAUUUAUACAAACAUAAUCGUUCGCUAGCUCCAUUUGUACUUGCUGAAUUAGUUAAAUUAUAUGCACGCUUAACUAAAAAUUCUUGGUUCGAUUUAAGUCCAAAUACAACGAAUUUAAAUAAUGAAGUUUAUCCAUUUCAAACUUUUACAGAUGAUUUACUAAAAUUUCAAAUUGAUCCACCACAUUUUUCUGUUGCUCUACAAUUAUUAAUUGCGAUUCUAUCAGAAAUAAGUAUACCUAACGAUGAAGAAACAUCAGCUCGAGCAUUUAGUAAGCAUCGAAAAAUUUGCAUAUCAUUUCGUGACACAAAACUAUUGGAUAUUUAUUUAUUUGCUUGUCAAUAUUUACGUGAUGUUAUUAUCAAUCAAAAGAAAUCCUUAGGUUUAUCAACUGAAUUUAGUGACUAUCCUAAGACAAUCACAAGCGUACAAUUACAAGGAGAUUAUUAUUUAGUUGUAGAAAAACUUCUAUCAUUAGGAUUGGCAUGUUUAACAUAUGAUUAUCUCGGUACCGGUUCAAGUAUUCAUGAUGUUGAUAUAUCAGAUGAAAAUCAAACGUUGCAAGUUCCGCUUGCUUGGCACGAUCAUAUUGUCGACGGAAGUUUCUAUCAAUUAUUUUUUUCUUAUUAUUUUCUUUUCUCGAAUACAUCACUUGUACCUGUUGCAAUAUCAUGUCUUGUUCAAUUAUCAAGUGUACGACGAUCAUUAUUGAAUACCAACGAACGUCUUGCUGUUCUUAAUCAUAUGACACAUGGUAUUCGAUUAAUACUUGAACAAGCUGCUGGACUUCUAGCCGAUGAAAAAUCCCUCCAUGAAUUUUGUCGUUUAAUAGCUCGUUUAAAAUCGAAUACACAAUUACACGAAUUAAUUCGCAUUGAUAAUUAUCCAUUAUUUAUUGAAACAUUAUUUCGUUUUACCAUCGAUCAUUUACUAAGCGUUCAUCAUCAUCGUCAAUAUCAUUUAUCACCCAAUACACUUCAUUAUAUACUAUCAUUUUGGUCCAAAAUCGUUGCGUUUCUUUCGCAUAGUUCAAAACUAUCUGAAUCAACAUCAUUAAGUGAUUCGUCCACAUCACAUCUGUUAGAUAUCUAUGUACCACAAAUUGUAUGUUACUAUGUGCAAUCACGUUUAGAUGCGCUUAAUACUGAUGAUGUUUUAUACAUGGAAUUAUUCGAUAAUGACCAAACAAUAUUACAACAACAAUUAGAAAUGAUUAGUAUUAUGUCAAGAUUAGAUUAUAAAAAAACCUGUGCACUUUUAUGUACAUGUUUCGAUGAUCUUGCUCAACAAUAUCAACAAGCCGUCAAUUCAGAAACAGUUGAAAGACGUUUUACAUUUUUGAUUUAUGUUCUUGGCUGUGUUAUUGGUGCACGCGGAAUAACGUUAACAUCAUUAUCAAUACCCACUGAUGAUCAAGAUUUAUUCGAUGGCGAAUUAGUAGUGCGUGUAUUACAAUUAAUGACUUAUAUACAACAGAAAACAGCCGGUGAAACACAAACUAAUAAUAAAAAUGGGAUAAAUAUAGCGAUAACAACGACAACAGAUAAAAUUGGUUCUACGCCCUAUUCUGAACGACUUGAAUUAGCUGUACUUUUCUUUUUUGAACAAUUUCGAAGACAAUACAUUGGAGAUCAUGGUAGAUCAAAUAAAAUCUAUCAAGUUCUAUUCAAACAUCUUGGUAUUGUGGAUGAAGAACAACUCUUGUCGAUAUUUAUAAAGAAACUUUUUACAAAUUUACAAUAUUCAACCAUAACUGAUAAAUUAAUCGAACGUACAGUUGGAUGUUUCAGUGAUCUUUCACAAGGUUAUCAAAGUGUGCGAAGAUUAGUUAAACUAGAUCCAAUUCAAUAUUUUAUUAAUAAUCAUACUCAAGAAUUAUUUCCGUUUCUUCAUCAUUCAUCAACAACGAAACGUUCAAAUAAUAGUAAUAUCAGCGCUAGUAGCUGGUCGCGUCUUCGUACAACAUUCUAUGCUGCUGUUGGGCGCAUGUUAAUGCAUGAAUUUCGUUACGAUGAAGAUGAUGACGAUCGUGUCGAAGCUUUUAUGAAGCCAUUCGCAAAUCAUUGCAAUCGAUUACUGCAAAUAUUUAAAGAAUUCCCAGAUUUUACUGCAUUUAAUGUGGCACAAUUUGCAACAAUGGGCCAAUUUAACCCAACAAUGGCUUCGUUGGAUGAAAUUCAAUCGCUUAUUAUUGGUAUUGUUCGUGAUCUUCGUGGUUUAUGCAGUGCUUUUGUAUCCAAACAAGCCUAUGCAUCAUUAUUCGAUUGGCUUUAUCCAUCAUAUUUACCCUUGUUUUUAAAAGCACUCUAUGUAUUCUACGAUCGAUCAGAUGUUUACAAUCCAUUAUUGAAAUUUUUCCAUGAACUAACCUCCAAUCGCCAAGAACGUUUAGCAUUUGAUUCAACGAAACCAAAUGCUUAUUUAUUAUUUCGCGAAACAUCGAAUUUACUUUACAUUUUUCAAACAAAAACAAUUGUACAUGUAAAUGUAACAAUUCCUGAAAGCGACGGAGUUUUAUUUUAUAAAGCUAAACUUAAACCAAUUAUAACAUGUCUAAGAAUAAUUCGUGCUUGCUUAAUUGGGAAUUAUGUUAAUUUCGGUGUAUUUCAUCUUUAUUCGGAUCCAUGUUUUGACAAUUGCCUACAAGUAUUCCUAUCAAUAUUAACAUCUAUUAAACAAGCACAUUUAUUAUCCUAUCCAAAAUUAACAAUCGCUUAUUUUACAUUAAUUGAAACUUUAUCACUUGUUCAAAGUGAUUUUCUGGCUAAUUUAAGAACACCAUUGUUUGGUUAUGUACUCGAAACCAUAAGUGAAGGAUUUCUAUCUCCUGAUCAAACUGUACAAAAUUCAUGUUGCAUAUUCUUGGAUACAUUUUUAUCCUAUGUAUUUCGAUCAGCGAAAAAAAGUACAGCACCAGCCAGUUUAAUGGCCAAUGUUAACGAAUACGGAAAUUUAUUUCGACAAAUACUUAUUAAUUUACUGAAUGGUAUUAUAUUUGCAGAAUGCAAAAAUAUUUACGCAGUAUCGAAACCUCUUCUUGGUUUAAUAUUAUUGAAUGAGAACCAAUUUUUUACUGAAAUCAAACAGCAAUUAUUAUACGGUCAUACACAAGCCAAGCAAGCUGUCCUAUCGACAGCCUUAGAUAAAUUAAUGACAGGUAUUGACCGUACAUUAACGCAAGUCAAUAAAGAACACUUUACACAAAAUAUAACACAAUUUCGAAAUGAUAUACAAGAUUCUUUGCGUGGUAUGAUGAUUAAUAAUAUUAAUGAUUUAUCAUCAUCUAUGUCAUCUAUUCCAUUUUCCUCUUCAUUUUUGUCUACAGCAUCAGCUAUUGCAACAAAUGUUCCAGUUACCAUAGCUAUUUCCACAUUAAUUCCAUCAUCGUCAAGUGCAGUACCUGUGGAAGAAUUAAUGACCCUGUGA